UUCACUCGGGAUCGCGACGCAAACGUUUCCGAAAAACAAUCGUCUUCUUCGGUAGUUUAACAUCAGCUUCGAACGAAUUUUUCCCUGUAAAUUGUCAUGAUUAACGCAAGACGUUGGAAAUGUCUUUAAAAGUUUUGCUUAUAUUAACUUGUAUGUGGUUGAAAACGCAAAAUGUUGUUUCACAAAUCAGUGACCUUAGAUAUACGGAGAAUACUAAUGACAACCUGGGAAAUGCAAUCCAAUUCCUUCGUGACUUCGAUCGUGAAGCUGCUGAAAUGUGCAAUCGAGUCGCCAGUAGCGAGUGGAGAUACGCCAUCAAUGCGACCGAUUUCAACAAGAGACGCAUGCGUGAACAACAAAACCUAGUCUCCAAGUUCGAGUGUCUCAGCUGGCGUCGAGCUGCUUCAUUCGAUUCAUCCACGAUUGUAGAUUCCAGUAUCCGGCGCCAGCUUGGACGAAUCGUACAACCUGGUCGAUGUGGCUUGGGAGAAGACAAAUAUGCUGAGAUAACACACGUCAUUUCGCUAAUGAAGGACAAUUACAACAAUGCAAAGGUAUGCCCGUUUCCUGGAGGGAAGUCAACCGUGCCUGGAUCGGAAUCGUACAGAAGCUCCAGCUAUGUCGCUACCUAUACAACGUAUUGUGAUCUGAAACUAGAACCAGAGCUCGUACGGAUAAUGGAAUCCAGUCGUGCGGAGCCGGAACUAAGAUAUUACUGGUUGGCGUGGCGUGAAAAGACGGGUCCAUCGGUGAAGAACACAUUCAUGCGCUAUUUGGACCUGGCGAACCAGGCUGCUGAGAGGCAUGGGUUCAACGAUGCUGGUGAUCAGAUGCGAUCACUUUACGAUGAUAGCGAGUUCUUUUUUUCGGUCAACGAUUUGUGGAUGAAAAUACAACCUCUUUACAAGCAGCUGGUAACAUUCGUUAGGAAAGGUCUAGUUCGUCAUUAUGGAGAACAAGUAGUUCGAAAAGAUGGUCCGCUUCCAGCUCACAUCCUGGGAAAUAUGUGGGCUCAAAACUGGCACAGUAUUCUGAGCUUGAUACAACCGGGACCUUCGGAAAUGCCGGACAUCACAGGGGAAAUGGUGCGACAGGGUUACACUCCAUUCAAAAUGUUUCAAACAGCUGAAGAAUUCUUCACCUCGAUUGGCCUUCCACCGAUGGCACCGGAGUUUUGGAGAAAUUCUGUGUUUCAGAAAUCAAACGAAAUGUACGGACAGUGCACUGCCUCGGCUUGGGAUUUUUGUAAUAAAAUAGACUUUCGCAUCAAACAGUGUACGCAAGUUAGUUUGGAAGACUUUGUAAACGCACACCACGAAAUGACCCACGUACAAUACUACAUGCAGUACGCCAGCCAACCGUUUCUGUACCGCGAAGGACCAAAUCCGGCCUUCCACGAGGCACUUGCCAAUGCGAUUAGCCUUUGCGUCGGUGGCCCUACACAUUUACAAAAGCUAGGUCUGCUUAACACUCCUGUAUCGGUGACCAAUGGGAACACUAUGAUCAACAUUGAAUAUCUAUUGAGUAUAGCCCUGGAUAAGUUACCGUUCAUGGCGUACAGUUUGGCGCUAGAGAAAUGGCGCUGGUACGUAUUCGAGAAAGGACCAGUUGGAAUGAAUGCCCGUUGGUGGGAGCUUCGUCUCCGAUAUCAAGGUAUAAUACCACCCACAGGUCGCGGGUUCGAACAUUUCGAUGCUGGGGCCAAAUAUCACGUCAUCUCGGAUCAAGACUACAUUAAGUACUUCGUAGCGACCGUUCUCCAGUUCCAAAUUUACUCAGAACUUUGCCUGGCAUCCCAUCAUGUUGGGCCCCUGCACACCUGCGAUUUUUAUCGUUCGCGCGAAGCUGGUAGAAUACUGAGUGAUGUUAUGCAACAGGGAGCAGCUCUGUCAUCAUCGCAACUCUUGAAGCUUCUAACGAGAGGUAAAACUUCACGACUUUCCGCAGAACCAUUAAUCGAUUUCUUCAGACCACUGGAAGCGUGGCUGGAAUUGCAGAACAAAGACGAACCGAUUAUCGGUUGGAGCUCCAGAAUGGAGGAUUUUGCACUAUUCCAGCCACUGGUCGAUAGGAACGGCCGAAAUAGUGCAGCGAAGCAUAUGUUCAGCUUACUAGCACUUCUAAUGGUGUGCUUCUACUCGGUUUUAAGUUUCUAAUCCUAAAAGGAUAUUCAGUUGGCCUGUGUAAAUAAACAGAUUUAUGUAAAAUUGUUUUAAUAUCGAUAA